GUGGCGCCCCGGCUCCCAGUCUGCCUCAAUCUAGCGACCCACAGGUCUUCCCUCGAUCUCCUCCUUCUCUACCACAACCAUGGUGCUGACCGCCGAGGAUCGCAGGCUCCUUCAAGCCUCCGUUGGCAAACUGGGCUGUCGCCUCGAGGACAUUGGCGCCGAUGCGCUGAACAGGUUGUUAAUGGUCUUCCCGAAGACCAAGACCUACUUCUCCCAUUAUAACUUGAGUCCCGGCUCGAAGGACAUCAUCCACCAGGGAGAGAAAGUGGGCAAGGCGCUGGAUAACGCCCUGAAGCAUCUGGAUGACCUCCGCGGCGCCCUCUCCCAGCUUAGUGACCUGCAUGCCUACAAUCUCCGUGUGGACCCGGUCAACUUCAAGCUGCUGUCCAAAUGCUUCAUAGUGUCUCUGGCCACUCACCUGCGCAACGAGUACAAUCCCUGCGUCUGCCUGGCCUGGGCCAAGUUUCUUGAACAGGUGUCCGACGUGCUGUGUGAGAAAUACAGAUGAGCUCCACGUGCCACAACCAGGGCCCCUUCUUUGCCUUCCUCUGAGCUGCCUGCCUUCAGGGUGCCUCACCUGGGCCACUGAGCAAUAAAGUUGUCUUUGAACCGCU